AUGCUCCAAAUAAUCACGAAGCCCCUGUGUCAACAGGAGCCCCUGGGCUUCGCUGAGGAUGGUGCGCUGCUUGCAGGCAAGGAAGCCAGCGUUUCUGCAGGGCCGGAAGUGGCAGGCCAGCCCCAUGCCCACAGAGCUGUGAGCCACGCUUGCUCGGCAGAGACUGAAGGUGGCCCGUCCCCACCAAGACUCGGUGCCCCCCUCAGGGAAGAGUCUAACGGCAGCCCCACCACACAAGACGGGUCGGCCCUGGAGACAGAGCCGGGCCACGCACCCCCACUGCAGAUGGACAGCAGCGUCUUCCUGGAUGACGACAGCAAUCAGCCAGUGCCAGUGAGUCGGUUCUUUGGGAACGUGGAGCUCAUGCAGGACCUUCCCCCAGCGUCCUUAUCCUGUCCUUCAAUGAGCAGGCGAGAAUUCAGGAAAAUGCACUUCAGAGCCAAAGAUGACGAGGAGGAUGACGACGCCGAAAUGUAGGGAACAAGUACAUGCAUGAUCGUUCCACAUGUUCAGCACAGUUAACCACUUGGCAAAUAACAAAUGUAGUUUAUAUAAAGCUCCUCGCCCAGAGAAUGUGGUUCUUAAUAAACUUCAGGACUGACCCAUAGAAAUCAGCAGUGCCAGAUAGCGGGUACCUGUGGGAACACUCACCCUUGAGAACUGGAGACCUUGAGAGCAGAGGGCUGCUACUACCUCCAGCGCUUUCCUCUGUACAUACAUAGUGACUGAGUCAGCUGGGGGGCUUGGCGUAAAUGAGAUCUUCGUAAAGAAGGUCACUCAGCCUCUGUAGUUUGAUAAUAUGCAAGCUUAUUUUCCAUUAUCAAAAUUCUUGUGGUGAUUCAGUGUCAGUUCUUAAAGAAUUCUUCUUUAUUUCUGUAUAUGGAGCUAAUGUUUACCUUGAGAAUUUUGCAAAAUGCAUAUGGGGAAAAAAAAUAAAAUAUAUUUUGAAAAUA